AUGAAUGGCCUUAUCAAAAGGCGACUCACCGCCCAGCAAAUCCUCCUGCGACGAGCCUUGAGCAAAAGUGUCGGCAGGUGCCAGGAUGCCACCGAAUUUGUGCGGGAUGGCAUCGCGGCGCCUCCUUCUCUGGUCAAACCAGCUCAGGAGAGAUCCUCGUCGAGGGCAGUGAGAAAACUGCACAGAAUCUUGGCAUCCAAUCCUUUUGGUCUCUUGGGAGAAAGGAAGACGGGAGGAACACUGUCAGGCUGCGAUCUUCAAAGGAAGGACUCACGAUCCUGGAGGAAACUGAAGCCAAGUGAGAACCAUCCGAACCUGAGUCGUAACAGUUCUCGGGGAAGCAGUAGAUCACGCAAUAGUGCUUCUAUUUACCCUUCCACCUGGCAGCUAAAUGUAAGUAAAGCCAAGGAUGAACUUAAAGAGAAUUCCCAGGGAUCUCUGGAGGAGAUCGUCAACUGCGCUAUUCUCAAUCGAACUCCUUAUGAUCAUAAGCUUAGUACGCCCCUAAAAUCUGAUAACUCCUGUCAAUGCACCAUCAAAAAGAAAAGUCGCCGUAGGGGUCGGAAAACUAAAACGCUUAUGGUUGCUCAGACCCAGACAAUCACUGAAACCGAAAGGAAGGGGAGAAAUUUCUCGAAAGAAAAGUAUUUUCAGGGAAGAAGCUGCAGCAAAGACAGUGAUAUUGUAUUUCAGAAAUUGGAUUUCAGGGCUUAUAGUGGCGAGGAAGUAUGUCACGAUCGAAGGACAAGAAGAACCUCCUCAAAAUCCAGCGUCAAUUCUAGGAUAUCUUUUAAGCCAGAAUGUCCUGGAAUUGCGUACAAGGAUUAUGGCGGUUAUAGCCCUUCGGAAACGGAUAUCGAAGCGGAGUGCUUUCCCGCACAGCGAAGUCAAUCUGGUUAUUUAGAUAAAAUAACAAAGAUAAGCAAGCCACCAUCAGAUGGAGGUUCCAAGUGGAGCCUUAAAAUACCCAGCAAUGUGGAGAUCAAUCAGUAUAUGGCCAGAGGAAGUCGAGAAAGGAGUCCCACUUUUUUUCAGGAGAAGAGUCCUGGAAUCGGGGAAAAGAUGAGUGCAGCAAAAAGAGAAGGCCAACGGUGUCACUGCUCAAUGAAUCCAUCAAAGGUUCAAGAUAAAAUUCGGAAAAGAAGCAACCAGCCACAAAGGAGCACAGUACCAAGAACAAUGCCAAAACAUCGUGGUUCAGUCUCAAAUGAAAAGAGGAAAUGUUGCAAUCCCUGUUGUCCGUCAAACUUAAGAGAAAAGUCUAACAGAAAAGAGGGUAAAACACAUUCACAAGCCAGUAUUUCAUCUGCAGUACAAUUUCGCCAGCGUAUUAGAGGACAAGGGAGUGAAAAUAGUUUUAACCAAAAAUAUGAAAAGAGCAAAUGUGGCAAUCCCUGUUGUCCAUCAAAGUUUAGAGAAAAGUCUAACAGAAAAGAGGGUAAAACACAUUCACAAGCCAGUAAUUUACCUUCAAUAAAAUUUCGUCAGCGCAUUGAUGAAGUGGGGAGUGAAAAUAGUUUUAGGCAACAAUAUGAAAAGAACUCAAAUGAAAAGAGCAAAUGUGGCAAUCCCUGUUGCCCAUCAAAGUUUAGAGAGAAGUCUAACAGAAUAGAGGGUAAAACACAUUCACAAUCCAGUAUUUCACCUUCAAUGCAACUUCGUCAGCGUAUUAGAGAAGAAGGGAGUGAAAAUAGUUUAUGCCAACAGUAUGAAAAGAACUCGCCAAAUGUUUAUCAAGGCAGUCGACAUUCGGCUAAAGUUGAUUCUUCCAAUGAACUAAUGGAGAGCAGUUGUAUUUGUUCGCGUAAUUCAAGAGAAAGGCAGGCGAAUAAGACGCAGGAUUGUAACAGAUCACCAAGUUCAUAUGAACCACAAAUCAGGAGAACAAAACAACAAACCACCAAUAGCGUCGUGUGCGAUCCAAAAUGUACUGAGGCCAUUACUCAGACUUCUGAUUUACUAAUGGCGCCAAGGAGCUAUGGAACGAAAUGCAACUUUCAGGGAGUUCAGCAAUCUUUUCAUCAGCAAGCAAAUUCAGUUAUGCCAAAUAAAAACCAAUCCAAACAAGAAUGCUCUAGGCAAGAAAAUUUUGGUAGAACAACAUUAAGCUCCCAAGAAGUAGAUAAAGCACCACGAAACGCAGUACAAUGUAGAUGCAAAGAAAUAGAACAUUCUCAAAAGUCCAAUUCGGUCAAUUUUAAAUCACCUCGAAUAACCUCUUUAAAAACUGCAAAGCCAAGCCGUACUCGAAAACAAAGAACCAAUCGGUCUUUUAGUCGAUGCUGUUGUACUCGGAAAAAAUUAGUAAAAAAGUCAACGUUAUCAGAAAAACAGAAAACUUCGAUUUCAACAGCUAAGGAUCAAGCGAGUUGCAAAGAUGAAAAGAAUAUCGGAGGACUGCCUAAGAUUGACAAGUGUGAUGUGAGGAAAAUACUUGCCAUUUUGCAACAGACAUUGGCUGGACUUGAGAAGCAAAUUAAUAAUGGAGAAGGCAAUGAGAGGGGCAUUAAUAAAAGUAAAUGUGUUAGAAACUCAAAGCCAAAACCGAAAUGUUGUAAAGUCCUAACCCAAUUAAAAGAUAGUCAUAAUGAAAAUUGUAAUCAAGUGCGUACUCAAAAGCCACCUAACCAACAAGGAUGUUCUUUUCCGGAAAGAAAUUCUUUUGACCAUCCUUUAACUGCUUCUCCAAAUCGAUACUUUUUCGAGGACAACAGUCCUAAUAAACAAUACCAAUGUAGUAGAACAGGUCCUGCAAAUUUCUCAGGAUCAACUCAUGUGUAUGAAAGCCUAACGCGUAGUGUAAGUCCAGUCAACAUCGAGGAAUCGUGCAGAAAUAAAAUAAUGUUUGGAAGAAGUGAAUAUGACUACCCAAAAGAAAUGAGGAAACCAAAAUGCCCACCGUACCAGGAACCCCAUAACAAGCCCAUUACAAGCGUAAAUAAUUGCCAAGCUCAAAGCAAUUAUUCCCAGCGAAAUUAUAACAACCAAAGUUCACCUCAAUACAUGACGCAACCUUGUGCAAGUCCUCAGUGUGUUUGGAAUACUCCUAAAAUGGAGGAAUUCCGAAGGAAUCCAAUCCCGAAUUUGGAACUUAACCAGCGAUCCAAAGGUGCAGCAUGUUCAAAAAGACAAAGUCCGCGUGAAAAAUGGCCAAGUCCAGAAUACUGUCCAUAUAAAGGAAUGCAAAAAUGCGAGGAAGGUCAAAUUCAUCAAAAAAAGGAAACCUUUCAACCCAAACAUAAAACGUUUGAAGAUAGUUAUUUCCCAAAUUAUGAUCACCAGCUGCCAGGAAUUUGCGAGAACCCAUUUUGUCCAAAAGCUUCAAAAUAUUCUAGUUCCUUUGAUAAUGAAAGCUACCCGGUUUUAAAUAGAAACCAAUCCAUUGAAACAGUAAGUGACUUUUCAAGGAGCGAUCCUGAAUGUCCUUAUAAACAAAAUGAAACGAACUCAGGUGCAUGCAAAGGCCCUGACUAUUGUCCAUAUCAAAGUUCGUUUAAAUCAGAUUUUGGACCAAACAAUCGAGGGGUAGUCACCUUCCGAGAUAUGGAAAAGUGUAGAUCACAUAAAGAAAGCUUUUUGCAAAUUCCUACACAAUAUGGUGACAUUACAACUUGUCCAGAAGGCAUCCAAUAUUCAAGAUCACGGGAUAAUCCCGUAUUCCCAACUUCGAAAAGAACUCUUGUCGAAGUGCAAAGUGACAUAAUAGAGUGCGAUCCGGAAUGUGUUUAUCAACCUUUUCAGAAGGGUGGCCACGCUGAUGAACAUGAUAACUAUUGCGAUAAUCCAUAUUGUCAAGAAAAUGUAACGCUUAAAAAUUAUUCGAGCUUACCUGAUGAAAGGGAUCUAUGUGAGAAUCCAAGCUGUCCAGGAAAAGAAUCUUUGUACAGAAAUUCCAUCAACCAUCAGAAGGACGAAACACUAAACAAACAGAAACUUUGCAAAGAACGAAAAGAAAAAAAUAUUCAAGGUAGUAAGAAAAUGUAUCCAGAAGGAUCCGAAAACAAUUCAAAUUAUGCUUGCAGCAAUCAAAGGUCUGAAAAGUCUUAUUUUACUGAAGACUGCUCUCCAAACUGCCCUGCACGACAAAAGACUGGCUAUAAUGUAAUGAAAAGGCGAGUUACUGUUGUUCGUAGAGAUCAGGAAUCAUAUUAUAAAUGCCAAAAUCCGCAGUGCCCUGAAAAAAGAAUAAAAUCAUCUGUAAAACCAAAACAAGUUUACCAAAGCAAUCAACAUACCAAAUUAUGUGAAAACCCGAACUGCUCUAACAAAACUACAACAAACAGGGAAGGAUAUUCUGUUUCUGGAAGAACCUACUCUGAAAGCCAGACUAAAUCAAAGAAAAACAAAAAGGUCGAAGAUGUUGACUCCUGUGCGAAAAAUUCUCCCAAUCGAGAAUUUUUAACUAAUCAAAAUAGUUACGAAAAAGACAAUUACGAACAUGACUACAAAGCUUGUGGGAAUCCUGAUUUUCGGGGUAAAAAAGGAGUAUAUCCAAACAAAUAUCGUGACAACGCCGGUCAUGCUUUUGGAGUCGGCUAUGAAAUAAAACAUGGUGGGGAAUUAUGUGAGAAUCCAAAAUGUCUAGAUAAAAAAGAGAGGUAUAGAAAAGAAAAGGAAGAUUUGGAAGAAAAUUCACAUAGAAUACCACCUUGCGCGGAAAGGAAAAGAAAUUCUCAAGAAAAGAAUCCAAACUCUUCAAAACAAGAUGGAAAAUAUAAGGACUCACAGCACAUAGGCGAUUCCAACGAAUGCUCUGAAGAAUUUGAUGAUCGUCCACGUUAUCGCUAUGUCAACCGAUCAGAUAAUCUUACAAAGCAAUCAAGUAAUAGUUAUGAAGUCUGCGACAACCCAAAAUGCGUAAAACCGUUAGAAAACGUUACCAAUAAUAAUGGUCAUGAAAAGAGACGAUAUGAGAAUCCAGGUUGCGAUCGAUUUGAAUAUGGAUAUGGAAGGAAUUCAACUGGUCGGGAAAGGUUUGAUCCAGAGUUAGAAGAUGUUUGCUUAACAGAUAGCCCGAAUCGCCAAAGAGUUCUCUUCACUAAUCUCCGGAGAUUUAAAAACAGCAGAAAUAAUACAAGUCGUCAAUGCAGUGGACGAUCUGAUUUAUACAAUGUAGAUCGUAUUGCUAUGAAGACCUUUAAUAAAUGCAAUAGCAUGUCUAUAGGCGAUCGUCAGGCGAUCAAUAAAUUUUGUAACUCAAGGAAAACCGAAGCCAAAAAUAAGUUCAAACCGGAAAGAAGCAUCUGCAUUUGUCCUGGUAAACCGGCACCGAUUUUUGUUAAAAACAGGUAUAAUCCUUUUGUUACGAUUCCUAGUUUAAAUAGCUACGAGGAAUAUUUCUUAUCGAAUUUUCAAAAAUUUAAAGAAGAAAAGAACAAGAAUCAUAAAUGUGUAGGAAAUUGUCCUUUUCUUAUGGAGUAUGAAAUCCCUUCGAAAAAAUACUCUUCGGUUUCUUUCUGUAAGGAGAAAUCUCAGGUAUAUGACAUUCUUAUGGAAGACAAAAUACAUUCAGAGAACUUCUCAUCUGGUUCGUUAUGUAGAGUGAAAUCUCAAGAAUAUGACACUGUUAUGGAAGACGAAAUUCCUUCGAAGAAAUGCUCAUCCGGUUCUUUAUAUAAAAUUAAGUUUCAAGAACAUGACAUUCCCUGCAACUGCCAGAGUAAUGAAUUUAAUAAACACCACGUUCUGAAAUCUAAAGCUUCAAUCUUCAGUUGUGUAAAAUCGCCAAAACAGGAGGGUAAAUCAAAAGCAAAUAUAAAAACAACUCAAGGAAAAGAGAUAACACCUCUCAAUAAAAAUUCGCAAGAAAAGCAGAAGCACGAGAAAAAAACAGAUUUUAAAAACUACGAAAAGCCCCCGUCAAAAUCGAGCGGAAUUGGAUGCUUAAAAAAAAGCGACAAAAAACCCCAGGAAAACCCCAAAUCAAAUGAUAAAGAACCAACAUCAAAAAUGAGUGAAAUUCUUUGUUUGAAAAAACCCGAAAAACGUAGUCAGAAAAAUAAGCCUACAAUUGAAAAAGAAUCCCAAAGGGUGGUUCAGCAAAAACCAUCGCCUCAAGACAAAAAUCAAAAAAAUAAAGACAAAAAUACAAGUAAAAGAUCGUCAAGGCGUAGCGGAUUUUUCAGUUGGUGCAGGAAAUCCCAGAACACUCAACGGGAAUAUGAAAAGCCAUCAUCGGUUAAAGAAUGCCCUUGUACAAAACAGCCGUCACCCAAGGAUCAAGAGUCACCUAUGCUAAAAUCGGGCGCUCCUUUUCCCUGUUCCUGCGCUCCCAGGAAAUCCCAGAUCACUCAAGGGGAAGAAGAGAAGCUUUCAUCGGUUAAAAACCCUACUUGUAGUAACCAUCCGUCCCCCAAGGAUCAAGAGUCAACUUUGCUAAGAUCGGGCGUUCCUUUUCACUGUUCCUGCGCUCCCAAGAAAUCCCAGAACACUCAAUGGGAAGAAGAGAAGCUAUCAUCGGUUGAAGAAUGCCCUUGUACUAAAAAGCCUUCACCGAAGGAUCAAGAGUCACCUAUGCUAAAAUCGAACGUUCCUUUUCACUGUGCCUGUGCUCCGAAAUACAUGGAUGACGGUGAGGUUAAAGUCCUAUAUGACUCCAGCUUCCGUUUCCAAAAGGAGAGUUGCAGUUGCGCCGAAGUUUCGAAGACCAGAUAUUGCCAUUAUAGCCCAUCUGGACAGGAUACAGACUGGUAUGAAGAAUCACCUCAGGAAAGCCUAAUAUCUUGCGUGCAAACGUUUCAGGAGGAGGGGAUCGAGUACUGGCCAUGUGCCAGCGCCAAUGGCUUCUACAAAAUUGUGCGGUAACUAUGAUUGAGAGUUUCAACGAAAACUUGGACGUUUUUGAGAAAAUUCCCAAUCAUAAAUACUAAAAGUAGAAAAUUUAUAUAAAUUAAAUAAAAACUAAAUAAAAAACGUUUUUAGAACUUAAA